AUGGGCGGCAGGGACAUCAUCGCGGUGGCAAAGACGGGGAGCGGCAAGACGCUCGGCUUCCUGCUGCCCAUCUUCCACCGCGUCCGCGACGAGCUCCCGCUCGAUGCGAUGACCGGCCCGCUCGCGGUCGUCCUCGCGCCGACGCGGGAGCUUGCGGUGCAGAUCCACGUCGAGGCGGAGAGGUUCGGCACGCCCGCUGGAGUCAAGGUUGCGUGCGUGUACGGCGGGACGCCAAAGGGGCCGCAGAUCGGUGUGCUCAGCCGCGGCCGGCCGGCGGUCGUCGUCGCGACGCCGGGCCGCAUCAACGACAUCCUUGCGCUCGACUCGCCGCCACGGCGCCCCUCUUCUCUGUUGACGGCGGUGUGUGAGCAGGCGGACCGGAUGCUCGACAUGGGCUUCCAGCCGCAGAUCGACUCGCCCCGCAGGCAGACCCUCCUCUUCACCGCCACGUGGCCAAAGGAGGUGCAGAGGCUGGCCGCCACCUACCUCCGCCCCGACGCGGCGAUGCUCUUCAUCGGCGGCGCCGAGCAGAAGCUGGUCGCCAACGCGGCCAUCACGCAGACCACCUCCACGGCACGCCAAGCGUCCAAGCCGGAGCGGCUGAGGCAGCUCGUCGCGGAGCUGCCGGCGGGCAGCCGCACGAUUGUGUUUUGCAACACAAAGAUCAAGUGCGAGAGCCUCGCGCGCGAGUUCCGCUCGGCGGGCACCUGCGCCAUCCACGGCGACAAGGACCAGCAGCAGCGCGAGUACGCGCUGCAGCAGUUCACGCGCGGCCGCUGCCCGAUGAUGUUUGCGACGGACGUCGCCGCGCGCGGCCUCGACAUCAAGGGCGUCACCAACGUGAUCAACCUCGACAUGCCGCAGGGCGACGACGGCGUCGAGUCGUACGUCCACCGCAUCGGCCGCACGGGCCGCGCGGGCGCGACGGGCAAGUCGCACACGCUGUGGGUGGCGAAGACGGACCGCAAGACCGCGCCGCAGCUCACCCAGCUGCUCGCCGACGCGAAGCAGGAGGUGCCCGACUUUUUGGCGGCGGCCGCCGCGUCGGCGGGCAAGGGCAGGGGCAAGGGCAAGGGCGGCAAGGGCGGCCGCAGCUGGGGCGGCCGGGGCGGCGGCAAGGGGGGCGGUGGCAAGGGCAAGGGGGGCGGCAAGGGCGGCAAGGGCGGCGGGUGGCGCCGGUGGUGA